GAGAUAGUCGGCAUGCUAGAAAGGCAAAGGGUUGACAUCUAUUCUCUGCAGGAAACAAGAUGGAAAUCAAAUGGUGUCUCUCUCAUUAGGAGUUACAAGUUGUUCUGGAAUGGUCAAAAGACAGCCCAAAAUGGAGUGAGAAUCUUCAUACGGAAAUCACUGGCACAAAAUGUACUGGAGGUGGUUCGAAUCAAGACACGCCUAAUGCUGAUUAAACUCUGA